GUAAUAUAUAAUAUAUUUAAUCAAGCUACUGAUUUUGAUAAAAUUACUAGUGUUCUUGUUUUGUCAAAUGUUACUUUUUUUCCCAACUUCAGAAGCUCUCUUAAGUGCAUCUCUAUGCCCUUGUUUCUCUCUGUAAUAGGUGUCUUUCUUUCUGUGUAUACUUUUAUCAUCUUAAAGACUUCAUGCACCGACCAUGGCCUAUAGCAUCAUGCCUCCGCCGUUCUCCAUACUUAGAGAUAAGAUUAAUAAAAGAAAAAAAUAUGAAAGAAUACUAAAUGAGCAUUCUAGAAGUAAGCAUCAUAAUACUACUCCAAAUUUUCUAAUGAAUAUCUAAAUGAGGUGAAGCUAUGCAUUAAUUUUGGCAAAUGAGGGUGUGCGUGCAAUCAUAAUGACAGUGAGGCUAUAUUACUAUGAAAUGCUUCUUUUCCCUUUUGAUAAUCUAUAAGAGCCUCUUUGUUAUGACAAGUUGGUAUUCUGUUUUUACAUAAUCAAACCAAAGCAUAUGCAGUUUGAUUUUUAUAUUGUGCAUGCUCAGACAGUCAUCUUGUUAAAAAUUUCUGAGUAAUGAAAAAAAGUUGCCCACUAUCCCCAAUUUCUUUCAUAAAAAUUUUGCAUGGUAUAAACCAUUUCAUAUUUAGAUUGGAAAAGGUUUAAUCUAUAACUCUUGAUUGAAUCCAAUGGAGCAGAAAUGCUUUUCCAAUUCUCCUAGGCUUGCCAAAUUGAUCUAUUCGGUCCCCUUCACAAAAAUCACUCACUAUUAACAGAAUAACGACCAUUUACAUAUAUAGCUUGAGCAAAGUUUGAACAAUUUUCUUGACAUCAGUAGUUCUUUUGCUUACUAAAGUAUCCCUUUUACUCUAUCAUAAAGGGAGAGAAUUUUGCAGUCUACUCAUGAGAAUGGAGGGCUUGAAACGUUGCCCCAUUGAUAGCCUGCCAUUAUUGCCACUUGAUAGAAAAACGCUUUCUACCAAAAGAAAGAGAGAAGGAGGAAGAACUCUUCUGCAUGGGCAAUUAACAACUCAAAAGGCACUUUAUUCUAUUCUCACAAGGACAGCUCAUGGUCGCCCAAUUUUGUUAGUCAAGUUCCUAGCCCCAAGUUCCUUAAUUUUCACGUUAAAUUUCUCUACAUUAAUAGCUCUGUGUCGGGACAUUCAGCAGCUCAAAAGCCAUUUUGCCCUCUAAGCUGGGCCACAAUGGGAAGCUAAAGUUCCAUUAUCUUGGACAAGUCAAGAACUGUUCACAUGGUUAAUGAUCGAAAAGAAGGGGACCAAUGGUGCCAUGACUUUGGAUAUCAGUGAUUGUCCCAUUAUUUUUAUCAUGUCUUUAACCUAAUCUACCUAAAAAUUUGGUAAGCUUAACAGAUUUUGACUUAUUUUAAGAGCUGUUUGAGCUUUUAAAAUGUGAUCCAAAAAACAUUACUUUCUAGUGCAGCAUCGCAAAACCACCGCAGAAGAACGGAGAAUUCAUACCAAAUUCCUAAUAUGCUCACAACAUCCUACAAACAGUGUUCCCUUUUCUUCUUCUUCUUUUGAUGUGGCUCAACAAGAUGGGAGUGAACCCCAACCUGACCCCACCACUUUACCCAUCCUCAAACAUGUGUUGAGGAGCAGGUUAUGAAAUCGACAGUUGAAACGAGAGAGGGAGGCAAAGGGGACCCUCAAGAAGUUUACAGAAUUUGCUCUUAAGUCACCAUGCAGCAGUCAUCACAAUUCACAAAGUAUCUGCAUAAGCCUCUUCACACCUCACUCCAAAGAGUACUGGGUAAAUUCAAUGGUGCUCUUCUGUGGCUGAUACUUGAUAGUGUAAAAGGGUCAGUUGAAGUGCACAUACUUUGAUCAAAUACGAUCUUAUGAAUCUUCAAUGGCCAAGACCAAGUGCUGGUUUGGUUGGGUAACCAGGCUCCUAACUUCCGAGGCAAGAACGAAACUUGAAAAGAAAUCGAAGAGGUGGAGAUGGUUUUUUGGAAAGGUUAAACAUAAGCAGUACCCUGCACUCUUAGCACCACGGAGAACACUGAGGGAAGCAACAGAAGAGCAGAGAAAGCAUGCUUUGACUGUUGCCAUAGCAACAGCAGCUGCAGCAGAGGUUGCAGUGGCUGCUGCACGAGCAGCAGCCGAGGUUGUCCGGCUCACAGGUGCUUCUCAAUCUUGCCAGCGCUUCAUGAAGCAAGAAAGAAAUUUGGCUGCCAUCAAGAUUCAAAGUGCUUACCGGGCACAUCUUGCAAGGAAAGCAUUGAGAGCAUUGAAGGGACUGGUGAGACUUCAAGCCAUUGCUCGUGGACGAGCUGUGAGAUGCCAAACAGUCACAUUGAAGUGUUUGCCACCCAGUGCAAAAAGACAGGCAGAGGUACAGGAAAAGAGCAUCCCUUCUGCAGAUGCAAGCCGCAGAGGUUGUUAUAAGAAACAAUUUGACGGGGCAAAAGAUGAGCUUGGAGAAGAGGACACAAAGCUUGAAUGCAGCAGUCAGAGAAGUUGGGACCGGAGCAUGGUUUUGAAGGAAGACAUGGAUGCUAUAUGGUUAAGAAAGCAAGAGGCCAUUACCAAAAGAGAGCGCAUGAAGAAAUAUUCAUUUUCACACAGGGAGAGGAGAAAUGCUCAAAUGCUGGAGGAAUCAGUGGACAACAAGAAAUUCGGAAAGAGGAGCUUCCGGCUAGAAGAACUGUUAGACAAAGAGCAGGCAUGUAAUAUGGAAGGAGUGGGUGAAAGGAAUGAGCGAAAACAAAUUAAACCCAAAAAUGAACGGAAGCAAGUUUCUCUAGGACUGGAUUCACAGUGGUCAUUCCCUAGGAGAUCUUUCUGUCAUGUGAAACAGAACUCAGCUGGUAAUGACAAUUUGAUGCCAAAUUCUCCCAUUUUUCGAACUUACAUGAGUGCAACAGAAUCUGCCAAGGCAAAACAAAGGUCGUUAAUGUUGGGAGCUGGUUGGAGACAGAGAUGAUUCUAAAUAAAGGAGAGACGAAAUUUAACGUGGUUCGACAAUUGCCUACGUCCAUAGCUGCUGUAACUUCACUAUGAAAUGAUUUUUACAAAAAAUCUCUCUGUAAACUCUCUCUGCUCAUCCACUCUCACUUAUUUCUCUGCACAGCACUACACGCAGUACACACUACCUAUUUUCUCUCUACACUUGUCUGCACACACCUCAACUGAGCUCUCUCCUAUUUAUAGGAGAGAGCAUCCUACAAUUUUUUCGGUGCAGUGAUUUAGGCAAGAGUUUGAGACGUCAUUUGCUGCAGACACUGUGCGUGUCUGCAAGUAGCCCCUAAUAUGCCAAAGAAAGAAACGGUGGAUGACUCACCUAUUUUCUCUCU